AUCUCUGGAUUCCAGAAGGCAUGAGGACCCAGAUGCUAUACAGUGGGAAAACCAGCCUGGCAACAUAGUGCGUAUUAAUAAAAGGACACCACAUCCUGCCAAAUUCCAGCUGCGCUAAUUGUAUUGUGUUCACAGAGCUCACAAGCUAUCAGAAAGUUGUAUGGCAACCACCUCCGGCGCCAAAUAGAACUGGCAGACAGACAUUCAGUACAAGAAGAAAAAGAUGGAAAAUCUUGCACUGGAGUCUGAAAUAAAAAAGAGGACAAUUAGGAAACUGGACCUUGAAAUAAAAAAACUUGAGAGGGAGCUCCAAGAAGAUGACACAGCUCAAAAUAAAAAUUAGGUAUAUUCUCGUAAAGUCAAGUGAGCCAUGACAUAUGAGCUCUUAUUGUGAGCACACAGGACGGUGGCAUCUUUCUGAGUUUUUUUUUAUUUUCCCAGCAAUCAGUACAACCAAGUCAUCGUUAUAAGGCAUCGCUCUCUUUUGCCCACCCCCCCCAGCACCAGGUGUGGCCACUAGCCUAUAUGAAGGCCCAAAAUUGUGUGUUCCUUUCUGCUCUGACAAUGGCAUGCCCAUUCGUGCGAGAUGUGGUGGAUGAAGAAGCACUUGUGCUGAGGAGAGCCUUCAGGCGAGAAAGGGUCUUCAGGGACCGGUUGGACCCACUGGCCUUCCCUGAUGACCAUCUAUAUGAAAGAUACAGGUUUUCUGCAGAUGGCAUCAGGUAUCUAUGCAGACUACUGGGUCCCAGGAUUAAGCACCGCACUGCACGGAGCCAUGCACUGAGUGUGGAGCAAAUGGUUUGUGUGGCCUUGCGCUUUUUUGCUAGUGGAGCCUUCCUGUACUCAGUGGGGGAUGCAGAACAGCUGAACAAGGCCACAAUUUGCCGCACAAUAAGGAGUGUGUGUCUGGCUAUCAAAGCAUUAGCAGAUGUCUUCAUCUCCUUCCCUGGCCACAGAAGACUCUGUGACAUCAAAGAGGAGUUCUAUAGGAUUGCAGGUUUCCCCAAUGUCAUUGGUGCAGUGGACUGCACACACAUAAGGAUAAAAGCCCCCUCAGGUGCCCAUGAGGCCGAUUUUGUGAAUAGGAAAUCCUUUCACAGCAUUAAUGUUCAGAUGGUCUGCAAUGCUGACUGUGUGAUCAGCAAUGUUGUGGCAAAAUGGCCUGGCUCAGUCCAUGACUCCAGAAUCUUUCGGGCCUCUGAAAUCUAUCAGUGCCUAUCACAAGGUGAAUUCUCUGGUGUGUUGCUGGGAGACAGGGGUAUGGCUGCCAGCCUUUUCUCCUGACACCUUUCACAGACCCCCAGGAAGCACAGCAGGCCUACAACCAUGCCCAUGCCAGGACCAGGGCCAGAGUUGAAAUGACCUUUGGCCUCCUGAAGGCACGCUUUCACUGCCUUCACAAAUUAAGGGUCAGCCCUGUUAGGGCAUGUGAUAUUACUGUGGCUUGUGCUGUCCUCCACAAUGUGGCCUGCCUGAGGAAGGAGAGGGCCCCCAGAGUGCCACCAGCCAUGGACUGGGACAAUCCGGCAAUCUUCCCUGAUGACGACAGUGGUCGGCUGCUGAGGGACCAAUAUGUGUUGAAUUAUUUUAGUUAGUAUGUGUGCUUUCAAUUUUGGUUAAAUAUGUCCUGCGGUGGCAGAGGAAUUUGGUUUUUUUUGGGUUCGUUUUUGACGAAUUUGGCCUCUUAUGAUGUUUGUGCGGUAUACUGUGUGUAAUACAAGGCUGCAGGGAGGCUACUGCAUCCAUUCAUUUGUCUGUUCAGUUGAUGUGUAUGGAUUUGUCCUGCAUUUAUUUUAGUGUGCAGACAUGCAGGGUGUGUUAUAUACAGACCUUUGAAUGUGUAUGUAUCAUUUUGUAUAAUAUGCUUGGAUUCUGUGCUUUCCAUCUUGUAGAGUCACUGUGACUUCAGUUUCGAAAGGAGCUGAUGGUUUACCUGCUUUGUUUUGUCCUUAUUCAAUAAAGGAACAUAAUGUUACACAUUGUGUUUUUAUAUUCA